CAGACAUUCAAUUCCUGCAGAUAUCCUCUAUAAAACAACAUCAUAUACCCCAUUUCGUCGUGAACAAUGGCCAAGAGUCGCUGUGCACUGUUUCUUGCUCACUUAAACCACAACCGCCCUCGUCUCCUCUUCAACACCACUUCCUCGAUAUCUACUCUACUCUACUUCCUCUACUUACUCUACAGCACGGCAUUAUGCAUCUAUAGACUCAACAUAGACUCAAACACCCCUACACAGCAUGCAGCGCACCGCAAACCUGCGCGCUGCCCUCGCAGCCAUCCCGGCCCUCUUCCCGGCAUCCAUCGGCGGCCUCCACGCCCGCGUCGCGCUCGCUCUCGAAUCCCUCUCGGACCAGAACAGCAAGAUCCACAUAGCGCUUGCACCGUUCUACGCCGACAGACGCAUCACAAAACGUGUACCUGACGCGCUCGUCAUCGCAAACAUGCCUGUUCCUGUCCACAAACAGGCAGCAAACGAAAUCGAAUGGUUCAACAAUUACCGGCGGCGGUCUCUGGCCAAGGACUCAAAGAUAGAAGCCGGACCUUUCCUCCUCACCAUCACAAACUUCAUGCAAUCAUUCACCGCGCCCUCGCCAUUCCUCAUCAAAAACAAUCUCGUGCUGAAUGAGAGCGUGAGCCAACCACUCAGUCUGCAAGACAUCUACGAACCCUGCCAUCUGCACGUCUUUGUCUCCAGCGACAUCUCCUCCCUCACGCAACCCCUGCCAUCAGACAUGCUCCCCGCCGUGCGCGUCCUCGACCUACCCGACAUCUCCGCCGUCGACGCAAACGUCGCCAGCUCGGCGCUCAUCGUCUCCACCUCCGCCAACAGCCCGGAGUCGGCCGACGUCACCAGUCUGAUUGCUCGUCUCGAAAACCGCGAGCGAAUCAUCACCGACCUCCUCCACUCCAUCUCCAACGCCUGCACUUCCUACGUCCUCUCCUCGCGCGCAUACAUCGACUCCUCUUCCUCCUUCCCUACCCCCUCCUCCGCAACCGACAUCAUCGCCACGCGCAAAGAAUGGUCCCGCGCGGCCCACACCGAGAUCAGAGACGUGCUCGAGCGCGGACUAGCUGAAUUCGAGCGCCGCGCAGUCUGGUGGAAACUCUCGUUCGUCAUCGACGAUCUCCAGCAGAUUGGCGAGACUGCUGUUCUGCGCAACUUCCUUCCUGCCGCAGAGAAAUCGCUCAUCUACGUGCUCGGCCAACUCAGCUCGCUGCGGCCUCGGGAUGAUCCCACCACCGACGCCGACGAGCUGCUCCAAAUCCCCAAGCUCCCCACCACAGCGACAGCAAUCGACCUAGCUCGGAUACGCAUCGCCCAGGAUCUCCUUCCAAACAUGCAAGCGCAGGCGCAAAAACUUGUUCUGCGCACCUUCUUCGACACGCAGCUGCCGAUCGCCGUGCUCGCCUUCGCAGGCUGGCAGGUCGAAAUGCUUCAGAUCUCAGGCUACGCCGCCUCAGCCUUCGCACUGCUAGGUCUGGUCUGGGGUUUCAAACGCGUGCAGUCGUACUGGGACGGUCUCGUGAGUGCGUUUGCGCGAGAUGUCCGCGACGCGGCGGUCGAGGCCGUCGAACGGAGUGAGGCCGAGAUCCACAGCGCGUGGGAGGCAAAGGUGGGGAAAAUGCGCAGUCGCAUUAACGAGCAGGCAGCAGCAGCCGAGCAGCUCGAGAAGUUGCUGCAGUGAUGUAAAAAGUAGUUACAAAAUCAUAUAGAGACAUUAAUAAUCCAUUACAUAAUCAACUUCGACUGCCAUUGGGAGUUCGCAGAGAUCCAUCGGACAA